AUGGAGGAGCACGGCGUGGGCACCGACGCCACGAUGGCACACCACAUCUCCAAUGUUAUUUCGCGCAGCUACGUGAAGCUGGACAAGGAUUAUGAUACGCGCAAGCUCGCGCCGACUGGCCUAGGCCUCGCCCUGAUCCACGCGUACACGCUGAUCGACCCCGGCCUCGUGCAGCCGACCGUGCGGGCGGCGAUAGAGAAUGCCGUGAAUCGAGUGGCCACAGGCCACGCGCAGAAGCAUGAGGUUGUCCAGCAGGCCGUGCAGAUCUUCCAGAAGAAGUUCCAGGAUCGGCUCUUCAAGGGGCGCGCCGAUCGCGUGCCCAUGAUGCUCGCCAUGGCCUACACGAAGGAUCGAAAGGCGGUGCAGGGCAAGGCCGCGAACGUGCUCGCGCAGUGGGACUACGCCCAGAAGCACAUGGCCGCGAUCCAGUUAGAGCACCUCCUCGGGGCGCGGGGAGGCGUCUCGCUGCAGGAGACGCCGACGAGAAGGCGCCGCCGAUGGCCCCCGGCCUCAGCGUGCGGAUCCACGGGCUCAAAGGAGGCGGCGCCCCAGCUGAACGACAUGAUGGCGGUAGUGGACCACCUCAACGCGGAGAACGGCCGCUGGCACGUGCGCAUGGUCAGCGGAGAGGUGAAGGCGCUGAAGCCCGACAACCUGAGCCCGGUCGUGAACCCCUUCUCCCCGGGCUACGUCGUGUGCGUGCACGGCCUGACGGGGGCAAAGGAGCUGAACGGCAAGGAGGGCAUAUGUCAGAAUUGGGACGCCUCCGCAGGGCGCUGGAAGGUGAAGCUCAUCCUUGACGACAAGGAGGACAUCCGCAACGUGAAGCCAGAGAACCUGCACGCGGCCGAGUCCUGGGGGCCCGCGGCCGAGAAGGCCAAGGUGCUCUAUCGCGAAGAGCUCGAGGCCCUCGGCUUCACGUCUGGCGCCGGCGGCGCGCCGAUGAUGAAGCCAGCAGGCACGUGGCAGCAGGACUCGUACUCGAUGCGGCGUGGGAGGAGUUCAGCAUGGGAAGAGUGGGAGGACAAGGAGGAGGCCAACAAGGACGAGCAGAAGCCCAAGGGAACAUGGGCCGAGGAGGACUGGGAGAAGUGGGACAAGUGGGACGACGACGCGGGGGGUGACGAGAAGAAGCGCAAAUGGAACAACGACUGGACCGACAGCGAGUGGAGCGACUGGAAGGACAAGAAGCAGAAGGACCCAGAGUGGCAGGACUGGGGCGGCGGAGGCGGCGAGGCGGGCGAGAAGAAGGCGGAGUGGAAGUCCCCCCAGAAGCCGCAGUGGGAGCAGGGCGGCCAGGCGGACCACUCGCCGCAGGUCAUGAAGCCUCCCCCGAAGGUGGUGCAGCCGCCCGCCAGGCCCCCGAAGCCCCCCGAGCCCGAGGCGCCGCUCAGCGAGGUGGAGAAGAAGGCCGCGCAGCUGGGCAUGACGCCUGAGGCGUACAUGCGGCUCGCGGCCGCGGGCGCCGCGCUCGGACGGCACCCGCCGGGCACCACGCCGCUGCCGCCGAAGGCGCCCGCACCCCCGCCGCCCGGCAACUGGCACCAGGACCGCCCGGCGGGCGACCCGGACCCCAGCGACUGGGACGACCGCGGCCAGCAGCAGAACGGCUGGGACGACCGCGGCCGCGGCCGGCGGGACGACCACGGCCCGCAGGGCGAGUGGCAGGAGGACCGCGGCCGCGGACGGCGGGACGACUGGGACGACCGGCGCCGGGACGACCGCCGCGACGACCGCCGCGACGCGGGCCGGGAUCGGCGGGACGAGCGCCGCGACGCGGACCCGAACCACAUGCCGCUGGGCGACCGCGGCCGUCAGGAGGAGCGCGGCGGCCGGACGACCGCGGCCGCCGGGACGACCGGGACGAGCGGGACGACCGCGGGCGGCGAGAGGACCUCGAGGACCGCGGGCGCCGGGACGAGAGGGACGACCGCGGGCGCGGGCGCCGUGACGAGCGGGACGAGCGCGACCGCGGCCGCGGAGGCGGGCGGGACGACCGCGGCCGCGGAGGCGGCCGCGACGACCGCCGCGACGACCGGGGGCGCCGGGACGACCGCCGAGACGAGCGCCGGGACCGGAGGGACGAUCGCCGGGACACGGACCCGAACCACAUGCCGGUAG